AUGAAGAUUUGUUUCCCCACCUUACCCACCCACCCCUUGAAUUAUUUCCAAGAUACAAACAAUCCGAUGGCCAAAACAAUGACACUAUUGAAACAUUCCUUUUCCUCCACUAUAAGUUCAACAAAUUGAUGAACAGCUAAACUAACACAUAAACAAGAUAAGCUCCUUAAUAUUGCUGUCUUUGAAUCUGUGAAGAAAACAUGGUGGUGAAAGUGUACGGCCCAAUCUAUGGUUCCCCGAAAAGAGUGCUAGUGUGUUUGUUUGAGAAGGAAAUUGAGUUUGAAACAUUAGAUAUUGAUCUCUUCAAGGGAGAGCAUAAACAACCUGACUUUCUCAAACUCCAGCCUUUUGGAGAAGUUCCUGUUGUUCAAGAUGGUGAUUAUACCCUCUAUGAAUCUAGAGCUAUAAUCAGAUACUAUGCAGAAAAGUAUAAGAAUCAAGGAACUGAUUUAUUGGGAAAGACAAUAGAAGAAAGGGGACUAGUGGAACAAUGGCUUGAAGUUGAAGCACACAACUUUCACCCAGCAAUCUACAACUUAGUCAUCAAUGUUCUGUUUGCCCCAUUACAAGGCACUCCCUCUAACCAAAAAGUGAUUGAAGAGAGUGAUGAGAAGCUAAAGAAAGUGUUGGAUAUUUAUGAAGAGAAGCUAUCAAAGACAAAGUACUUAGCUGGUGAUUUCUUCAGCCUUGCUGAUCUUAGUCAUCUCCCAUUUGGUCACUAUUUGGUGAACCAAACUGGGAGAGGAAAUUUAGUUCGAGAGAGGAAACACGUGAGUGAGUGGUGGGAUGAUAUUAGCAACAGACCAUCGUGGAAGAAGGUUCUGGAACAAUAUAAAUACCCUGUGUAGUUGUUCUGGUUUUCAAGUGGGAACAAAAUUCCAAACACCAUAAUAAAAGAUUUGGUUUUAAGGGAAAAUUUCAGUUCUUUCUGUUUUUCUUGGUUGAGAAUAAAACUAAGCCUACUGCAACAUACUGAAACUUCUGUUUGGUUUUUGGUUUGCUUGUGUUGUAGGAAGUUCCAAAUAUAUGUAUGUUGUUGUCAAACUUAAUUUAGUAAUAAAAUUUGGUGUUUGGUCAUUUUA